CAACACCCAAAGUCCAAAGUAAGGCGGAAGCCAACAGCGUCGAUAUCUUCACAAACCUAGGCCAUUCGUUAUUUAUACUCUAAGAUAUUUAUCUACAUAUAAGUAUAAUUAUGGCCACUUCAUUAGAAACCGUCGAGUCCUUCGUAGAAGGCGCACCGCCUGGAGAGCUAGCAGACGUAAUCAACGACAUUAAGGCCUUGACCCUCAACGAGCCCCACCUCGUCUCCCAACUAGGUCCCGCCUUCGAGAAGUACAAUGAAGAACAGUUCGUCACCGCCAAACUACCCGGCAGCAGUCAGCAAGUCAUCAUCAGUUCGCAUAGUUCACUGGGCGAUGGACGGUACUUCGACGUCGAGAGUUCCUCAAGUUUCGCCUUUGACCAUGCUACCCAGAAGGCGAGCGGCGUGCAGAGCUACGGGUUGGAAGGCGCUCAGGCAGACUUGGUGAAGUCGACAUUAAAGAGCCUAUCCACGUACGUCAAGGAGCAUUUCCCGAACGCUUCUUACGGCGCGUAUCCCAUCGAGAACGACUCCAAGGUGGCCGUCAUAAUCGUAGCCAACAAAUACAGCCCGAACAACUUCUGGAACGGACGAUGGCGUUCCCUCUACAUCUUCGACCCCGCCUCAAAUAGUCUCGGAGGUAGCAUCAAGGUCGACGUGCACUACUACGAAGACGGCAAUGUACGAUUAUUAACCAACAAGCCCAUCUCCGGCUCUGUCUCGUCAGGCACAGGUGCAGGGAUCGCCAAAGAAAUCGCCGCAGCAGAAAAGAAGUACCAGGAAGAACUAAACAGGGGAUUUACAAGUCUAAGCGAAGGCGCAUUCAAGGGUCUGCGAAGACAACUCCCUGUGACGAGGCAGAAGAUCGAAUGGGACAAAGUCGCCAGUUACCGAGUGGGACAGGACAUCGGAGGCGGCAGCUCGAGACGAUAGUGUCGAAGAAGGGCUCUGAUAGACAUUGUUUCGUGAUGUACCUGUGCCGAGUCGACUUUGAUGCGGAUGUAUCACUCAGUUACUUGGCCAAUUUAGAGGGGCGAGCGCCAGGAAGCGAGAUUCUAGCAAAAUGAGGAAUAGAGGUAGCAAGCGAGUUCAUAAUUGAAAGAUAACAUCUACGACGUCCAGUAACAAUUCAAUGAAUUCGCAGUA